UAAUUCUGACUCAACGUCGCACACAGACUUUCGCUGCAGCUGUUCAGUAUCGAGCGGUCGCCGUCGAGUGAAGCGAUCACUCAACGAGCACGAGAUUCGAAUCAUUACGAGGCUGGUGCGACAGGGAAUAAGCAAGGAGGACGGGAUGUUGAGCAGGCUGGCGAGUUACUUGCUGCGAGGUGCUGCCUCCGGUGCUGAUGACGGAGAGGCGCCUCCGCGCGACGAGGAGGUCGGCGCUGCGCCCGACGGAGUCGCUUCCAUCCCCGUCGAGGCCAGGCUGAGACAAGUCGAGGUCGAAGGCGAUGACUGGAUCCUCAUUGACCGUAACGUUGAGGGAUUCGCGGGUAUGGACGAGUCGUGGUACGUGACACCCCCGGCGUGCUUCACGCAGCCCGGGCCGGUGCACGUGGAGACGUCGCCUCUGGAGGACCUGCUGAUCGAGCACCCGAGCAUGUCGGUGUACCGAGCGGCCGGCUCCUCGAGCCACUCGGACAAGCCCGAGUCGGGCAAGCAACGCGGCAAACGGCGGCCGCCAGUUCCCGAGGCCAAGAAGCCCGUGGACAACGCUCGGCUUCCUCUGGCGAGCCGUAACGCCAACCUCCAGGCUGUGAGCACGACGACGACGACGACAACGCAGGCGACGAGCCUCGUCAGAGCCGAGGGACAGGCCAGCAGCAGGAGCAAAGCCAAGGCCAAUAAUAACAAUAGUAAUAGCAGUAGUAAACAUAAUCGGCCGAGCCAUUAUCAUCAUCAUCACCGUCACCAUCAUCAGAAUCAAGGCGGAGCCGUUGCCGAGCAGGCGCCCAGGAGGUCCAGCAUCAGGGACCUCAGGAACGCCAGGGGCGACGAGAACGUACGGAUCGAGCAGAUCCGGUCUGCGCAGAAGAUGCUGGAGAAGCGCACGUCGCAGACGUCGAAGCGCAACCGCCUCGAGCGUGGCAACAAGGCCCGCGAGGUGUCCAGCGGCAAGGGCCGACGUCCCCGUCGUCAGGACCGGCUGCGGCUCAACAACAGCGGCGCCAACAACAACCGCAAAUGCUAGUCCUCCGAUCUCAGGCCAGGGUGCACGCACUAUAUAGACGUACAUUGCGCAAAAAGGCAUAGCGAGCGAAAUUUUCAUCGGCGAAUCGAGCGAUCAAGCAGGCGUAAGACAAAAGUUUCUUCAGGAUACGGAAAAGAGACAUUUUAAAUCCCUCCCUCCCCCCGUAAUGACCCUCACGUUUCGAGCGCAUACACGCGUGCGGUUUCGAGUGCUCACUGUGGAAAAAAAUCGUCCACGGUGGGCGCAUCGAUUUUUCGAGCGACGUCGGACCGCUCUCGUUUGAAGGUACAGCUUUGUGAAAAAUGUCGUCGGCUGUCUGUUGCCAUGACUAUAUACAGAAUUUUGCGGACGGCGGUGGUGACUCUCGUUUGCGUUAUUUCUAUGUACCUCGCUUGUUCAUUAAAUUUUGAAAGUAUUGCUCAAAGGUAGUAGAGAUCACCGGAUUAAUUGACUCGAGCGAGAGUCGCCAUCGAUGAUCCGAUGUUUACGUGUAACGUUGAAUUUUCAGUUUUUUCUUUCUAGUCUAUAAUAAAGGAUUCUCGUGCAAUUAAGACAAACGUUUAUCCGUUGUAUAUUAGGUAUAAAGUUGUGCAACACACCCUCGAUUUCCUUAUAUCUAUACACAGACACGCUGAAACCGAGAAACGGCUAACAAGAAAAUCAUUCAAAUUUAAUGAUGCUGUAUACCUUUCUCGGAACUUCUUUCACACGUGAUUCGUGAUAUGUACAUUUCGUAAUGUAGCUCGACGCACGUUAAAAAUGCUUUUUGAGGCUAUUUUCGUAUAACAGAAGCGCAAAACUCAAUACCUUCAAACGCGAGCUGCGACUCUCGGUCCGACGUACGGAGUAAAUAAAGGUGAGAAAAUUCACGCAGAAUCGGCAGAGCGAGAAAAAAGAAAAAAAAACAAAAAUUAAGCUGUAGCGAUGUAGAUGCGCGUUUCGAGGGUCGCUCUCCUGCCUUUAACUUUUCAUCGAGGAGGCGGUUCUCGAAAAGCUUAUUACUUUUAUUGCGUACUUCUCUUCUUUUCACUUACUUUCCUUUGUAUACGCGGUAUCGUUCUUGCACGACGAUUUGCACGGUUAUUGUACGACUAUUACACGAUGGAGAGAAAAUAAAAAAAACUUACCUCAUUGCAAGCUCUUUAGGCCACUCGGAAUAAGGUGAAAAAAAACGUAAUAUAUAAAAUAAUAUAUGUAAAGUUCGUCGCCGUUUUUGGAUAUACGCGCGUUGAAAAGAGAUGUUCUUUGUUAUUUUUUCGUGCGCAGAUGUAAAGUAUGCAUAUAUACUUCAAAUCUCCGUUUAUACGACUUACGUACGUACAGUUUAGCUAAGAAUAUUGAAGCGCGAUGAGGCGAUGAAACGAAAAUCUUUUUUCCAAACGGUGCGUGUGCGAGAGAGAGAGAAGGUCAUGCAUAGAUUCAAUGAUUAUUACGAUACAAAAGCGCAGCGCUUAUAAAUCAGCCUCUUUUUUCGUUCGUACGUUUCUUUUUGAUUUCUCGCGACACGAGGGUAAGUUGACGCUCUGAAGGAGAUGCAACGUGAUAGCUCCGAUCUAAAGUCCGUUGAAAUCUUGUCAAACGCGGAAGAGACGAGAGAAUACACGAGCAGAGCCAGAAAAUUGUCAGAUUCGUCGAAAAAAAGCUGUUCCGCCGAUACAAAUUUAAACCUUGAUGAUGUUUACCCGCGCGUCUCCGUCUUUAAAAUACACCGCCGCGAGGCCAAGGCGGGGCUGGUUCAACGCGCGUCUUCCUUUAAUCUGUAUUCCAACCGGGUUAACUAUUACGUUCAUUCCGGCGAAGCGUCGAAAGACAACGUUGUUAACCAGUUUUCUCGUAGUCGAGUUUUUACCGAUACUCCUCCGGUAUCGACGAUGAAUCACGGCUCUCUUGAACUAUAUAUCGUUACACCAAACGUCAUCCGAUCAUCGUCGCGUACAGACAGUCUAAAAACGCAAUAAUUCCGAGCGAGAAACAUCGAUCCAAGGCCGUAGACCUAUGCGUAUAAGCGGAAAGCCGUUUAUAACUUAACGGAGCGACGAAGAAAAUCACGAGAAAAUUAUUACGCCGCGCGACGUCGGCUUCUAUGCCGCAUGCAUAAAAUAUGAAAUUGUUACACGCCUCGAGACACUUGCGCUUCUUUUUAAGAGACACUUUCCAGAGCUGGCGGGAAAUCAAUUUGAGUAGUCAAUUCGCGCGAUAUUAUUCGGUCUAAUCAAUGCUCCAACUUUAUCGCAUGGAAAUACGCGCCUGCGGUAACAAAGAACGAAAUAUAAAUGACCGGCAGAAAGAAAGGAAUGUCAUUAAACUUGCGGAAUAUCCAAACAAAGCGUUUCAUCAAAACACUCGCUGCGCACAUCUGCGUGUGUGUAAAGAAAGCGCGUAAUUCCUUCGCCGAUAAAAAAUAACGAGAUAAGCUGCGUCAGCAGCCAUAGGAAGCCCGAUAAACAAUUACUCUCUAUGCACGCAUGUCCAACGCGUGCUUUCACGUGUGAAUAAACAUUGAUAGAUUUCAUGCGACGAGUGGGGAGUUAGAUAAGACGCGACUUAGUAUCAUCUGUGUUCGAUUUUGUCCUGUUAUCUCUAUUAUGUCUGUGCUUUAUUUUCUAGGCCUUCGUUAAGUGAACUUUUAUCGCUUAUUAUCGCGAAGAGUGAAAUUUUGGGUUUUUACGCUAAAUCUAAUCUUUAACAAUUGACUUGAAUUUUACGUUGUUAAAACCGACACUUGGAGUCGGAUAUUCCGACGGAAAGUAUUCACCUUUCAACGACUCUGAAACAUCGCGAGUACGAUGAUUACAAAAGCAAACAGAAAAACCACUUUCGCGGAGCUUUGCUCGUGUAGUUUUACGAUAAAAAAAAAAUUAAUGAAGCAAACGCGUCGCGCAUAGGCGUCGCUUAGUCUUCGUAAAGUAUAUAACGGUGUGUAGCAGCCCGUAGAUGAGACGUAAAAAAAAUAAAUAAAAAAUGCAUUAUGCAUAUAACCGUAUGUUCGUGCGUAAAAUGUAUAUGUCGGCUUCGCGCAAAGUAUUUUUUGUGUCCCGCUUUCGUCAACUUACCUGACUAUCUAUAUACGCCACAUAUACGCAUGUAAGAUUUAGUGACAACAAACAAACGAAAAAAGAAAAAAAUUUUAAAAGCUCGGAGAAAGAUAACAGAAAAAAAAGGAGAAAAAUAUAAGCAUAUAACGUAAAGAUGGCUCUUGUAUAUUAUUUGCUUUUAAUAAUCUUUUUUGUUUUAAUACUGUCUAAUCUGCUGUAAUUUCCGUACUAAGCUUCGUAUACCUAUGUGCUCAAACUUGCACUUCUUACUUUUCCACUGUGCUGUAAGUUGUGUAUACGCGUCCGUAUAUCUAUAGAUAAAUAGUAACGAAGUGACAUUACGUAGUUGUGUAUAACGUCGAUGGAAAAAAGAUUCGAAGACAAAGCCUCUUUCUCGUAGUGCUAUCUAAGCUCUAAUAUAUUAUACACAAACCUAUACAAUAUAUGUUAGACGAAUUCUUAUAUAUAUAUAUAUAUAUACUUUAUUACUCAAUAUUCUUUGAUCGAUUAUUGCUUUCGUCACGUUUAUAAUACACAAUAUAUGCAAUCCACGUGCGUGUGAGAGCUUGCUUGCAGAGAGGACGCAAAAGUAAAACGUUUGAAAAAAUGGUCAGUUAUAGGUGUUAUAGUAACGUUGUGUAUAAGCAUAAUAUAUAUAGGGAAAAUGAGGAAAAUUAAAGAAGAAUCUACGGAUGACCAAUUAAGCGGAAAUUUUUGUGCAUGACUCGUAUAAAAGUAGUAGUGGUAUUAUCUCUCACGAAGAAGAAAAAUCUCGAUAAAAAAGCAUUGUGAUCAACUCGAAUAUAUAAUAUUUAAAAGAGGGCUCAGUAUAUAUAGUAUAUACAUUCACACAGAAACACGUACGUAGCGAAUUUAUAUACCGACGCCGAGAUGCUACUCGCGCCCUGUACCGUUCGUAAAUAUAUAAUGUAAUUAGUAAUUGUAAUACACCUUUUUUCUUUUCUUUUUCUCGUCUUUUUAGAGAAAGAGAAAUCAAGGGAAAAAUUUUGUAAAAGCGCAUCGAGGCUCAAAAAGACGGAGAGAGAAGGCAAAAAAACGAUUGUUUUCGAUCCAGCAAAGCGUGAAUCUUUCACUCUUUUUCACUCUCUCUCUCUCUCUCUUUCGGACCCUCGCGCUAUCCAACGGAAAUCAGAUAGCGGAUCGGCAACAGCAGCACCUCUUUCCUCGCCCUCUAUUCUCUCGGCUUUGAAAAAACCGCGCGUAGUCCACUCGAAACAAAAGCAGAGUUACAUGUACAGAGCUCAUUGUGUGUCGUCGUAUACGCGUAUAUUUACACAAACAAAUUCGCCGAGCGUGCACUUCCGAGACACGGGAUUUUUAUUAUUUUCUGCGUUUCUAUACGUUUCUUUUUAUUUAUAUAUAUGUAUUGUAUGUAUACGUCUAUACCGGAAUGUUUUUCGUUUCUUGAUAUAUUGUGAAUGAAAUUUUUAUUUAAAGAGAGCGUACAUCAGCGUGUACGUGACAAACUCAAUAGAGCUGUAUAUCUCGACAAAGUUUAUGAAUGACUAAAAAGAAUGAAUACUUAUAUAAUAGCGAAUUGACAAAAAAGUGGAUACACUUGGAUCUUGAUUGUAAUAGCGAGCGAUUAUACGACGUUUAUGUUGUACAAAAAUGAAGAAAAAAAAAUAUAAGGUUCGCGAGAAAAGUGUGUGCGAAAAACGCGAUUGCGCCGUUAAAAUCCUUCUGGUUCAAGAAGCGAGAAUAAUAUACCUGUAAAUAAUGAUUUUAGCCGUCAAAACGAGAGGCUCGCAAAAUUGUAUCAAUUUGUUGUGUCGUAUAUAUAAAUGAUGAAUCGAUGCAGCGGGAUAUUAAGUCCGCGCCAAAAAAAUUAUAUAUAUACAUGUAUAGAUAAUUAAUUAUUAUACAUAACAAAUGAUGAUUAUGUAUAUACAUAGAUAACCUAAUUUAAAGAAACAAAAAAAAGAAGAAUGAAUUUAAUCAAUUUUGAAAAAAUUGAAAAGUCGUUUCUGCAAUUGUACAAAGAGUUAGAGCCCGUGGUCGUGCUUAGAGAAGAAGGAUAUGACAAACAAACUAAACAAAAAUAUCUAAUACAAGCGAGACUAAUUAAGGCGAUUCAAAUUAGUUAUUAGUAACAGAAAAAAUCCGUUUGUAAAAGUGUAUGUGCGGCUCGACACGACCCUUUUUACCCUAGUAAGACCUGCGUACAUAAUAUUAUUAUCGUAUAAUAUAUAUAGGAUGAGACAAAAGCGCAAAGGCAAAAAAUAACAUUUAAACUAAACUUAGCUAAUGAAUAAAAUGUAGUAGUGAGUACACGCAAACACCUGUAGAUAAAUAAAUGGUUAAACGACAAAAAAAAA